GACUGAUAGGGUUGGUGGAUGUACGUUCUUAAAUCGUUCUGUGUAUUAGUCAAGUGUGUUUUUUCAUCACCCUAAUAUAAAUAAAUUUAGGAAUAAAUUUAGUAUAAAAUUACUGUGAUUUAAUUUGUUUAUUUGCUUAAAGUAGUCCUAAAUAGAAUUGACACGAUUCGAAAGUAAGUUAUUACGUGGUUUGGAACGUCAAAGUGAAUGUACCCAUCAGCGAAUGAAUGACAAAUUAAAAAAGUUUUAUUUUUCUUAUAUUGGUACGAGAUUUUAUUGAUUGUUUUCUUUCAAGAUUUUCGGCCAGACGGCGACUGAAAUUGCAAGUUACUGUGAUAUAUUUAUUUUCAAUAAUUAACUUUUCUUAUCAAGCAAUUAAAUGAUCAGGGAUAUCGAGUUAUGUCUAUAAGUAAUGGAAGGUACAGAACUGGGUGGCGACCAGCAAUUCUGUUUGAGAUGGAACAAUUUUCAAGCGAAUAUAACAUCUCAAUUCGAGGCACUGCGCGAUGAUGAGGAUUUCGUGGAUGUCACCCUGGCAUGCGAGGGACACAGGCUGGAGGCCCAUAAAGUGGUUUUGUCGGCGUGUAGUCCUUAUUUCAAGGAAUUAUUUAAAAAUAAUCCAUGUCCUCAUCCGAUAAUAUUUAUGCGCGAUUGCGAGGUAUCCCAUGUACGCGCAUUACUCCAGUUUAUGUACGUGGGACAAGUAAACAUUGCCCAGGCACAACUCAGCGCAUUCUUGCGGACUGCCGACGCUUUACAAAUUCGCGGCCUCACAGACUGCUCACAACACAACGACAAAAAAGCAAAUCGAAAGUCUCCCCCUUCCCAAUUACGUAAUUUGCUCAGCGCCAAGCCUUCACAUUCUACCUCCUCCUCCAAAGCCGCAAGCCAAAAUGUGGAAUCGACUUCUGCCGAUGACCAAGAAAAGAGCGGAAAUCGCCCUUCUGCAAGGAAUUCUCCUGAAGUGCCCAGAAAUAAUCUCAGCGAAGAUGCUCCCUUUCAAAGUUCUAGUCAAAUGAGGCCUAAUAAUGAUGACUAUAGCCAAACUUGUAACUACCCUGCUUUGCGGGUAAAAACUGAUCUCGAAGCUACAGAUGUGAAUAAUGAAGAAAAUGAUAUUCUUAUGGAUCCUGGUGACGCGGAGAAAGAAAGCAAGUGUCAAGAUUUUAGCGCGACGGAUCUGUUAGAACCAAAAAUGGAAGUCCUAGAACAAGAAGCCAGUGAUGAAGAACGAUCGGGCUUUCAGCAAUUAUAUUAUAGCGAAAACAAUACUCUCGCAAAUCCUUUCGCCACUCUUCAAGGUAGUAUGGAUCUCAUGACUGGGAUGAACGCGGAGCUGAACGAGAACGCCGAAGUUGCAGGCCGUUGGGACGGACGAAGGAAUCGGCCGGUGCCCGACGCGGUGUGGUUGGAGCAACAUCGCCGCGCUUUGCCCUUCGUGCUCAAGAGAGAAAACGAACGGGCGCCCGCGCCGAGACUCAUAAAGCUCGGCGAGGGCGUCGAGAUCCGCGAGGACCUGCUGAGGGGCGUCAAGUGGGGGGACUACAGGAAGGUGACGCGCGGGCUGGCGGCGGCGCUGUUCUCGCCGAUCGAGCUGGCCACGUGCUCGGUGACGGGGCAGCGCUGGUCGCGCGCGGGGCAGGAGGCGCGCCCCACCAAGCCGCCGCUGGACCGCCGCCGCGUGCACGCGCUCAUCUCCUACGUCAGCCGCCACUUCCCCGACGUCGAGGUGAGCCGCAUCAAGCAAGUGCUCGCCUACAAGUGCAAGGAGAACUGCGCCGCGCUCAGGAUGCGGACGGCCAGCGAGUCGAGCAACUACCUGCUGAGCGCGGCGGGGCGCGCGCCGUGCGACGACGCGCCCGCGCUCGCGCCGCCCGCCGCCCGCGCCUCCUACUCCACCUUCGAGACAUCAAAAGGGGGCGGAUCGGGCGCGGGCGGCAGCGGCGCGGGAGGCGCAGCG